UUAAUCCGUGCCACGGCACGUCCAACAUCAAGCGCUGUCAGUCUAGAGGCCUUCCUUUCAUUGCCUAACAACGGCAUCUUCUCGGACGAGCAAUCAUGAAGGUCUUCUCUUCCAACUGCACCUUCGACUAUUCCUGGAACGAAGUUUCGACCGCGAACUGGCGCAAGUACUGCCCAUGGAAUGACAAGUCAACCCAUGUCGUGGGGGUGGACACUCUUUCUCGAUCAGUCGAUCAAGCGACUGGCAUCUUGCGUACGGAGCGCCUCAUCACAUGUGAUCAGUCCGUGCCACAAUGGGUAUUAUCAUUGUUCGGAGGGAGCGCUACAUCUCAUGUCUACGAGAUUUCCUAUGUCGACCCAAUCGCGAAGAAAGUUACCAUGUGCUCCAGCAAUCUUACCUGGUCCAACGUUCUCAACGUUCAAGAAACUGUGAUAUACCGACCUUCACCGUCAAAGGCAAACUCCACCGAUUUUAAUCAAGAAGCCAAAAUCACUGCGCUUUGCGGUGGCUGGCAGAAGAUCAAAAACAAGGUAGAGGAAGCAAGUGUGGAAAGGUUCAGUCAAAACGCCAAAAGAGGACGAGAAGGCUUCGAGGCGGUACUCGAGAUGAGUCGACGGGUCUUCGGCGAACAACGCGAGCACGAAAAAAGGCAGCUACAGUCGUGAGCAGUCUAGACAUCCGUUUACAUCCGCAUAUUAAGCGACUUGCAUAUCUCGGCGUCGGUUUCUAAUACUUCUUUAUCACGUUUCCACUUUCAUGAGACUUGUGUUUCACAAAAGUUGUUUAGAUAUCCCUUGGUUUGUUGGUCAAUGUCAUUAUUAGGAUAUUAGUG